AUGGCCUUCCGAUAUGAGGAGUUUACGUCACAACUUCUGUAUUCUCUCUUUCAGAGAUAUAAGCUCGAUGUGGAUCCUGGAAGAAUCCGACGCGAUAGAUUGCGGGAAGUCCGUGAUGAAAAAAUAGCCAACGAUGAAACCAGGUUAAAGUGUAUCGAAAAGCAACUUCCUGGCGAAGAAUCGAAGAAAACCGACAUUAAGAAGAGGCUUGACGAAGCUAAUACGCUUUCCAUUCGCCUUCGAGCGCGUAAAGAUGGUCAAAAAGGGCAGCCAACCCAAAUAGACGAUGAUAUAGAACAAAACCGUAUCAAGCUAAAAGGACUUCAAGAGGAGCUAAAAAGACAGUCCGAUAUCGUUGCUAAGAUAUUGGAUGAACAGACCAGAAUAAGGAAGCGUUUGGAUGAAGAGACAAAGAAGGACGAAGCCCUUUGUAUCUACCUUAGUGCUUCCAUUGAUGACGACCAAUAUCAAAAGCUAGAUUUUGAUGAGGUGCUCACUAGCUUGAUUGGGCCGGAGACAAAAACUACCAGAACGAUCACUGACCUUUGGAAUAUCUUAAAGAGAAGUGGUAAAAUAGAGAUUGCCGAUUACGAUUGCCUAAGUGGGUGGCUGAUAUACUUUAGUGAUAUAUUUGAUGCGAGCCACAUGAUAGAUGAAAUAAACGAAACAGAAGAUGCCAUUUUGGACCCAUACGACACAAAGGAGAAGCGAAGCUUUUCGGAUUAUCAAAAGAGAAAUAAGGAUGUCCUCGGUAGAGGUGGUUUCGGCACAGUUCACUUGUACCAACAUAACAUGGAGGAGGAACAGAUCGCGGUCAAGGAAAUAACUUUCCAACCAAAUGAAACAACCAAGGAAGAUAAAGACUUUGAGGUUGAGGUGAGAAUAAUGCGCGAGCUCAGUCGAUUCGACCAUCCGAAUAUCGUUCGGUAUUUCUUUGAGCAUAUUGAUGUGGAUUCCGGCAAGUUUUACAUUGGAAUGGAAUAUAUGACCGGGGGAUCUUUGGCAGGGAAGAUUAAAAAAACACCUCUUCCUGAAGAUAACCUAAGGAACUACACGCAUCAGAUACUCUGUGGCGUUAAGUUCCUCCAUGAGAAGCACAUAGCCCAUCGGGAUAUCAAACCCGCCAACGUCCUUUUGAGCCUCGACAACCCCAUUAUCAAACUGGCGGACUUCGGAAUCUCGAGGAAGCUCGAAGCCAGUCGCCUGACCCAUGGAGCAACAACAACUGGUAUAGGAACAGUUCAGUACAUGUCACCGGAGGCAACAAGGGGUGAGGACGACGAGAAAAAGGGAUAUGGCUUAAAGACAGAUAUCUGGAGCGUUGGCUGUGUUGUGUUGGAAAUGGCCAAGGGAACUCGUCCAUGGAGUGAGUCUAGAAAUGCAGGAAAUCUGACGUUUAGGAUUGGAAAUGGUGAGGCUCCUCCCGUUGCUGAAAAUGUUCCUGGUGAUGUGAAAGAUUUCCUCAAGAAGACCUUCAUUUUGGUCCCUAAAGAUCGACCAUCUGCCGAUGACCUUCUCGAAGAUAAGUUGCGUAAGUUACACUAUCAUGUUGAAACUUAUUUGGUCGUCUCACACGGUAAGAAUUACAAGUACAAUCCUAAUGACAUAGACAAAGCGACUGAAGUCAGGAAAACUCUAAAACGGGUAUAA